CACUGGAAAAGGGUAAAAGAACUCAAAACAAAGGGGACUUUGUACACUUUCGGUCUACCAUCUCCUUCAAUUGCUGGACCCUAAACGACACAGUGACCUGAAAGCAGCAACCGCGGCAGGAGUAGUAGCAGCCACUCGCCAUUACAACGAGCUUGCUAUCCAAGGCAACUUCUGCCAAAAGGAAAAAAUUGCUGACUGACAGAUUAGGAAAUUCCCUAAUUAUGCAGUUCUGAUUCUUGGUGAUUUACAGAAGCGAACUGAGUCACUUUUGGGUGGUGGUUGGUGGUGUAGCGGUGCCGUUGGGUGUGGCCGGAACAGACUUUACAACGCAAUACUUGGGUUUACGCCGUUUCCAGUGUUUUCCGGAGUCAUAUCUGGUAUUGGCUGCUGAAUUUGAGCUCAUUGUCGUCUUUAGAGGCGACCAGUAGGGCCACCAGUCGUCUGCAACGUUGAAGCCGAGAGAUUGUAUGGUUGUGGUGCUUAGGUAUUUGGCCUUGGGGUGAGGAUGUCCUUAACCUGGAUUAAGUGUCUGCUCUAUGUUGAAUAGCACCUAUUUGGUAACGAGAAUAACCCACAGCCUAGUUAUUCUUGUUUAACAUAAAUUAAAUUUGGGUUUAAGGCCGAAUCCGAUGCAAGGCCAUCCGUACUGCUACACACCUGUUUGAUACUGGUUCAUAUAUGAUAGUGGCCUGUUGAUAUCGGUUUUGACCUGAUAUAUACCGGUUCGAGCUGAUACAGAUCUGUUCGUUGUGGAUACAGACCGGUUUGUAGUUGACACAGACUGGUUCAAGUCGAUAUUCAUUUAUUUUCAGCGAUAUUUGCAGUUAAUCAACCGGUACAAGCUGAAAUCCGGUCAUUCAGGUUUAUCCACAUUGCUCGCGGCCGCUGGCUCUCAUGCCUUUACCAACCUUGUCUCUUUCUUCAGAUUUUGAGUUGUCUAGUACUUCAGAUUCUCAACCUAUUGUUCUUAGAAAAGGGUGGUGGACAGCUAUGAAGAAUGAAAUGGAUGCCCUUCACCAUAAUGAGACAUGGGAUUUUGUUCCACUAUCACCUGGUGUGUUGUUCAUUUGUCCCAGUGAAUAAACCAGCACCAUUUAACUUGGAAUGCUAUUCUUAAUCUGCAUCUGACUGGAGUUCUUUUUUCCCUUUUCUUGGGUGAUGGCAGAAUUUUAAAUGUACCAUUGAGAACCACUAUUAUGUAUGCAGCAUAGGGGAAGUUCUUAGAAUCAUAUGAGCGGGAUUUCUUCUUGUUUAAGUGGAUACAUGGCUGAUAAUUCUUUAAUUAUAUCCACGGGUUCUCGUAGUGUAAUAGAGCAUCCAUUAGUCAUUGGGCAAGAAUUUGCUGAUGUGGAAACAUGCCGAAGAAUGUUGAAAGAUAUUGCCAUAGCACUGCACUUUGAUCUCCGAAUAGUAAAAUCAGAUCGUAGCCGGUUUAUAGCCAAGUGCAAUAAAGAAGGUUGUCCAUGGCGUGUCCAUGUAGCCAAAUGUCCUGGAGUUCCAACCUUUACAAUUAGAACCCUACAUGGAGAGCACACCUGUGAAGGAGUUCGCAACCAUCAUCAUCAGCAAGCAUCAGUUGGUUGGGUUGCUAGGUCCGUAGAAGCACGCAUUCGGGAUAAUCCCCAAUACAAGCCAAAAGAAAUUCUGCAAGAUAUCCAUGAUCAGCAUGGAGUUGCAGUUUCUUAUAUGCAAGCUUGGCGUGGGAAGGAGAGGAGCAUGGCGGCUCUUCAUGGAACAUUUGAAGAAGGGUACCGCCUACUUCCAGCAUACUGUGAGCAAAUAAGGAAAACUAAUUUGGGAAGCAUUGCUACUGUUGUUGCUGCCGGACAAGAGAAUUGCUUCCGUUGCCUCUUUAUUUCUUAUCGUGCAUCAAUCUAUGGGUUUAUAAAUGCUUGUAGGCCGCUACUAGAACUUGACAGAGCACAUCUUAAAGGGAAAUACUUGGGUACAUUACUUUGUGCAGCAGCUGUUGAUGCAGAUGAUGCAUUGUUUCCAUUGGCUAUUGCCAUUGUUGAUGUGGAAAGUGAUGAAAACUGGAUGUGGUUUAUGUCAGAAUUACGAAAGCUUCUUGGAGUAAAUACUGACAACAUGCCUAGACUGACGAUACUAUCCGAAAGACAAAGUGGUAUUGUUGAGGCAGUGGAAACUCAUUUUCCAAGUGCUUUUCAUGGUUUUUGUCUACGUUAUGUUAGUGAAAAUUUUCGUGACACAUUUAAAAAUACAAAAUUGGUGAACAUCUUCUGGAAUGCUGUUUAUGCCCUCACUGCAGUUGAAUUUGAAAGCAAGAUUGCUGAGAUGGUAGAAAUUUCACAAGAUGUGAUUCCAUGGUUUCAGCUCUUCCCUCCUCAGCUUUGGGCUGUAGCAUAUUUUGAGGGCGUGCGAUAUGGCCAUUUUACACUUGGGGUCACAGAAUUAUUGUAUAAUUGGGCCCUUGAAUGUCAUGAGCUUCCUAUUGUGCAAAUGAUGGAGCAUAUUCGCCAUCAGUUGACAUCUUGGUUUAAUGAUCGUCGAGAUAUUGGCAUGAGGUGGACCUCUAUUCUUGUGCCAUCCGCUGAGAAGCGGAUUUUGGAGGCCAUUGCAGAUGCUCGUUGCUAUCAAGUACUUCGUGCAAAUGAAGUUGAGUUUGAGAUUGUGUCAACUGAGCGGACAAAUAUUGUGGAUAUAAGAAGUCGUAUUUGCUCGUGUCGUCGUUGGCAGCUAUAUGGUUUACCUUGUGCGCAUGCUGCUGCUGCCCUUAUUUCUUGCGGGCAAAAUGCCCAUCUAUUUGCCGAGCCUUGCUUCACGGUAGCAAGUUACCGGGAGACCUAUUCACAGAUGAUAAAUCCUAUUUCAGAUAAAAGCCAAUGGAGAGAACUGGGCGAGGGUGCAGAGGGUGGAGGUGCCAAGGUUGAUAUAACAAUACACCCACCGAAGACUCGCCGCCCACCGGGAAGGCCCAAAAAGAAGGUUCUUCGUGUUGAGAACUUUAAGCGCCCAAAGAGAGUUGUUCAAUGUGGUCGCUGCCAUAUGUUAGGGCAUUCACAAAAGAAAUGCACUAUGCCAAUUUGACCUUAGUUAGCUUGUUUAGAAUAUUUUGUUUUGUUCUUUUGUUCUAAAAUAUUCCGCAAUGCAAUAGAAGCAACAGUGUGCUUGUAAUUUAAGUGUAUUUUUUCCUAUUUAGUUGCUAAAAUAAGGUUUCAGUACUUUUUGGCAUA